AUGGAUCCAGUGACAGGAGAGUGCACCAAGCCCAAGUUAAAUCCCACAGACCUCACCGUCAGCAGCCCUACCUGCACCACCACCGCCACCUCCUCUAUCUCUAUCUCUACCUCCACCCCAACACCACUGCCACCGCCAGCUCUACCUCUACCUGCACUGUCACUCCCACCACCACCUCCGUCCCUGACCCACAAUCCAUCCCCACCGUCACCUCUACCCUCCCACCCCCACUGCCAUCUGUACCACCACCUCCGCCGCCACCUCUGCCCCACCGUCAACUCCACCCCCACCGUCACCCCCACCACCACCUCGGCCCUCACCUCCACCGCCACCUCUGCCCCAUCCCCACACCUACCUCCGCCCCCACCGACACCCCCACUGACACCCCCACCUCUGCCCCCACCUCCGCCACCGCCUUUGCCCCCACACCCCUGCCCCCACUUCUGCCCCCAUCGACACCCCACACCUACCUCCACCCCCACCCCCACCGCCACCUCUGUAAUUUUUGGUUUAUCAUUCAAACUCUACUCCACUUCCACCUUCACCUCCACCUCCACCUCCUCCUCCACCUUUACACCCACAGAUGUGGCCAACAGGGAUGAGAACUGA